ACAGGUAAAAUACCUGUCGAGUCGAUCGACUGUCGUGCCAUGCUGCUGUGACGGUCGCGUCCGGCCGCGCUCCGAAAUAUUGACGAAAUAAUAAUUCGUAAUGUCCAGAUCCCCUUGGCAGCUUGCCCGAUGUGUGCCACGCGGUUGUGCGAGGAACAUAGUUAUUUUAUCAGUUCAAGCAGCGAUGCAGCAGCAGCAGCAGCUGUUCUUCAAGCGAUAGCUUUGCAUAGUGGGACUGGUCAUUUUGAAAUCUCUGUCCUCCCCCGAUGACCCAGUCGUAUUUGUGUAGAAUAAUAGAAUAUCCUGCAGCGAAUGAUAUUGUUGUAACCUAAGUGAGCCAUGAAGGACAUCAAUCUUGAGCAAUGGUUUCACGGGCGCAUCCUUCGCGAGGAAGCGGAGGCUCUCCUACAGAGGAAUGGCUGUGGCGAUGGCCUGUUUCUGGUGCGUGAAAUGACGAACUUGGCAGGCGACUAUGCACUGUCGCUGGCAUUCGGCGGUAUAAAAUACCACUAUCAGAUCACUCGGCACAGCGAUGGCCGUGUGGCGAUCGAGGAAGGCCAGCGAUUCGAAGGUCCGGUAGAGCUUGUUGCCCAUCACUUCACCGCCCAGGAUGGCCUGCUGACCAAGCUACGGAGACCGCUGCUGCGCGAGAGAAACGUGGAGCCGAUGGGUUAUAAGGGAGUAACGCAUGCCGAAAUGGAGGCUGCCAGGCGGCAAGCCGUUGCCUCGCUUGCCAGCAUGGGGUUCAGAGGUGAGCCGCAUGAAGCGAUUGCAAAGUUCCGGCGGCAGGUGGAACAAAUCGUGGGUGCAGUGAUUCAGACCAAACAGCCAUGGUUCCAUGGUAAAUUGACACGUGUGGAUGCCGAGAAGAGGAUGAACCAGCAUCUGCCGUUGAAGGACGGUUGUUUUCUAGUGCGAGAACGCGACCAGCAGGGAUCCUAUGCUGUUUGUCUGGCUCACCGCCAGACCGUCUUCCACUAUCUACUAGAUAUCGACGUGGACAGCCUACUUUCUAUAAGUAAUGGACGGAAAUUCGAUACUUUGCUUGCGGUGGUAGACCACUAUUCUCGGAAGCCGGACGGCCUGUUAUGUCCUCUGACUGACCCCAUACCCAAUGACGAGCAACUCUACGAGCCCACGCCAGUAGCCAGCAAAGUGGCUCUACCCGAUGUUCCGGGCAGCGGACGGCAUAAGGUCGUCGUCAGCAUUGGUGACGAUAUGCCUGACUUCUUCCGGGUGGACAAGGAGCCAGGCUUUCAGAGUAUCUUCAGCGAGAGUUCCGAUCAGGGAGUCUUUGAAAUCACUCCCAGUGCUAUCUCCACUGAAGAUCAACUGGGAUCUGGAAACUUUGGUUCGGUACUUCUUGGUACCUACAGUCUGCCGCGCACAAGGAAGCGUGUGCAGGUUGCCGUCAAGAUGCUGAAGGUGGAUGACGUGCCGAACCAAAGGGACGAGAUCCUACGUGAAGCUCAAACCAUGGCCGGACUUGACCACCCGCAUAUAGUUCGUCUUGUUGGUGUGGUAAAGUCGAAUCCGAUGAUGCUGGUAAUGGAGAUAGCCCAUCUUGGCCCACUACACAAGUUUCUGCGGAAACGAAAGAAGGAAAUUACGUGGCUCGAAGUGCUGUCCCUCAUGCUACAAGUGGCUGUGGGUAUGGCUUAUCUGGAGGAGAAGCGCUUUGUCCACCGCGAUCUCGCUGCGCGCAAUGUGCUGUGCGUGACGCCGCGCUUCUGCAAGAUCAGUGACUUUGGCAUGUCCAGAGCGCUGGGUCUAGGCAACGACUAUUAUAGGGCCGAGGUGGCAGGUCGCUGGCCAUUGAAGUGGUACGCACCGGAAUGUAUCUACUUCUUCAAGUUCGACACCAAGUCCGAUGUCUGGAGCUAUGGGGUCACGCUGUGGGAGGCGCUGUCGUUUGGCGACAAGCCCUACUUUGGUCGUAAAGGCACGGAGAUUCUGAGAAUGUUAGAGGACGGCGAGCGACUGGACUGUCCAGCUGCCUGUCCACCAGAGGUAUAUCAGCUAAUGACGAAAUGCUGGAGUUUCGAGUCUAUCAACCGCCCAUCAUUCAAGCAAGUUCUCAGGGAGCUGAAGUCCCUGUGCAAGCGAGCACACAAGGGCGAGAUUCGACCUGCAGAUCUCUACCUGCCCAUGCGGCACUGAAGCGUGAGAAAAAGACAAUGCAACCUGAAAGUGCCCCUGCGCCAUCAUUCCUAGCUGCAAUGGCUUCAACACUGUCUUGGAUCGUUCGGCAGCAUGCUUCCUAUGCCUGUCCCGCGUGGUGAAUUGAAGAAUUCUGAUGCAAAUUUUUUCUAUUUCUUAUCGUUCUUACCCCACGAAUAUUAUCUGCGCCGACGCACUGAAGUGCGUUGUAAGCCGGCAAGCGAGAACCUGAAAGAGUUUAUAUUUCUGUACAUUCGGCUCCUUCCCAACUGUUUCAUGCCCUAUUUACACCUUUGAGCUCCCGCCAUCCCCCCCCCCCCCCCUCCCUACGACUGCCGCCAGCAACUGACGAAGUCGCUCACAAUAUCUAGUAUUGAUCACGUCUAACUUUAGACGACUCGGCCCUACCCACUGUUUCUAUAACUGAUAUGUGCUUUGCAAACUGUAAUGUGUAUGGACACCUACUCGAUACACACUGAUACGCAUGCACUUCCUUUUGAUACCUGAUAAUAAUUUUAAAACAAUCGUAAUUAUUGGCUGAGCAUUGUCGAAAAGGAAGUUCAGCUCUUUUUCCCUUUCACUUUUAACAUAAUGUCAGACUUUGAUGAAAUGCUAUUGCACAAUACUAUACGUUUUUCACUUGCCAAUUCCUGAUAAAAUGUUGAAUCCAACUGA